AUGAAGUUCAUCUCUGCCCUCUUCUUCGCCGCUGCCGCCAUCGCCCCUGUCACUGCUGACACUGGAAAGGAAGAACCUGCUGCCUCUAUCAUUGAUCUUGCUGCUGCCGAUGGAAAGUACGGAACUCUUCUCAGUGCCGUCACCAACACUCCAGGAGUUUUGGAUGCCGUUGUUGCCAACUUCCCAGUCACCAUCUUUGGACCCACCGAUGCUGCUUUCGCUGCCAUUGCUGACACUGUUGCCGGACUUGACGAGGCCACCCUUGCCACUGUCCUUGCUGGACACGUUGUAGCGGGUGUUUACACCGCCGAAGACCUCAUUACAGCUGGAUGUCUUGAGCUCAUGACUCUUGCAGGAAGCAACGUUCGUGUUUUGGUCAGCAACGGCAUGGUCAUGGUCAACGACUCUACUGUCAUCCAACCCGAUAUCAUUGGAGAGGGAGGAGUCAUUCACGGAAUUGACACUGUCAUUCUUCCAGGAACUUUCAUGCCAUGUCCAGCUCCUGCUACCCCCGCUGUUCCUGCCACACCAGGUACCCCAGCUAUGCCAACCAUGCCAACCAUGAUGGGCAAGGGCGGAAAGGGAAGCAAAAAGACCUCGUCUGGAAAGGGUGGAAAGGGAUCCUCAAGCAAGAAGUCGUCCUCGUCAUCUUCUUCCGGAAAGGGAUCUGGAAAGGGUCAUUAA